AUGGAGCACGGGGCUUUUGCCAGGCUGCGGAAGGAGCUGCUCGAGCUCGCGGAGGACCCGCCAGCCGGGUGCUGGUGCGAUGACACAGCCAGCUACGUCAGCCACCCCUUCCUGCAACCAGGGACUCACGAAGAGCCGACGACCCACAGCCAGAGGGGGGGCCGUGCCUCUCUGGUGCAAGUGCGCCUCACCACGCCACGUGAGGGUCCAGUUGCGAGGUAUUGGCAGGCCCUGGUCGCUGGCCCGGAGGGCACGCCCUACGAGGAGGGCCUCUUUCGCCUGGUGCUGGUCUUCAAGGCGUGGUGA